AAACUAAAAGUAGAGAACAACGAGAGCCAUCGCCAUUCUGAUCAAAAGGCGAAACAGCAUUUCUCCCCCAUUUCGUCAACAAGCGUGAGAGAAGGAGAACGCCAUCGCCAUGAAUUCGGCAGCUCGCAGAAGCGGAGGUCUCUUCGAAGGGCUAUACAAAGUCCUUAUGCGCCGUAACUCCGUCUAUGUCACGUUCGUCAUCGCCGGCGCUUUCAUCGGUGAACGGGCAGUGGACUAUGGAGUUCAUAAACUCUGGGAGAACAACAAUGUUGGGAAGCGAUAUGAGGACAUUCCUGUUUUGGGACAGAGACCAACCGAAUGAAACUAGCAUACGACUUAAUCACUUUCUGUGAUUGUUUUGUCAACUUUUUGGGAUCUUAAAAGGAUCAAACCAUUUGAAUCUUUUUUUUUAAUAAGUAUUAUUUAGGUUCAUCAACUCUGCAUAAAAGCUUAUUUUGGUUGAUGUUGUGAGAGAUUGUUCUAUCAAAUUCAUCAAGUGUUGCAUUUUUCUCAA